CCAACUUUCCAACAAGAAUUAAAUCAUUUUGAUGAAGAAUUUACUAGUUGGCUAUUGAAUUUUGUGCAAUUCUGAAUGAAAAAAUAUGGGGACAGAGAUGAAAGCACCAGAAAAUUGUGAAAAUAUAAUCAGAAAUAGAAAACAAAAAAGUGCACAAGUUGAAAAUUCAGAAAAGUCGGCAAAAGUUCAAACAAAGAUAACAGAACAAAUAGAAAAUAAAGGAGAAGAUAUAAAAAAAUCAAAAGAACUGAAAAAGGCCGCAGAGAAUCCAAAAAGUAAUGAAAGAUUAAUUCAACAUGAAUCUGAAGUAACCACAAAUCACAACAGCAUCUCAAACUUUACAAUUAAAAUUGAAUUUGAUCCUAUGUCCAUCGCUCUGUUUACUCUUGCCAUCGUCACAAGAUUUUUUCGAUUGUCAGAGCCUCGAAAAAUUGUCUUUGAUGAACUCCAUUAUGGAAAGUAUGUUUCCCUUUAUAUGAAGAAUCUAUUUUUCUUCGAAAAACAUCCACCUUUGGGAAAACAACUUAUUGCUGGUGUUGCACAUUUUGCUGGAUAUGAUGGAAAUUAUACAUUUAAUAAGAUCGGAAGCGAAUACUCGGAGAAUGUCCCAAUAUUUUGGCUUCGUGUUGUCCCAGCCCUAUGUGGAAGCUUAUUAGUACCUGUCGUUUAUAAUUUGCUAUUACAACUAAAAAUUAACAGAUGGGUAGCAUCAAUGGGUGGAUUACUAAUUGUUCUGGAUAAUGCACUUUUGACACAAUCCAGAUUCAUAUUAAUGGAACCAAUGCUGUUAAUCUUCUCUACCUCAGCACUUUUAUUCCUCUUGAGAUUUCUCGAUAGUCAAUAUUUUAGCAUUAAGUGGUGGCUUAAUGGUAUCCUUGCUGCCUCCUUCUAUUCAUUUUCAAUGAGUAUAAAAUAUGUUGGGUUCUAUUCAUAUGUACUCGGCAUGAUUCUUAUAGCACGACAUAUAUGGAGUGAAUUAAGGGAUCAAAAUUUAUCGGAUAUUAAAUUAUUUUUUAAGACAUUUAUCAAGGGACUGAUCUUAAUCGGUCUUCCGAUUGCAAUUUAUCUUUCAAUAUUCUAUAUUCAUUUAUAUACUCUAUAUCGUGCUGGGCCACAUGAUAGUGUGAUGACAAGUGCCUUUCAGGCAUCACUUGAGGGAGGUCUCGCAUCAAUAACACAUGGACAGCCACUCAAAGUUGUUCAUGGAUCACAAAUUACGUUAAGGCAUACAAACGGUCGACCAUGUUGGCUUCACUCACAUGCUGACGUCUAUCCAGUCAAGUAUGAGGAUAAGAGAGGCUCUUCUCAUCAACAGCAAGUGACAUGCUACAGUUUCAAGGAUGUAAACAAUUGGUGGAUUGUCAAGAGGCCCUCAAAGGCAGACUUCUCAAUUGGAGAUGAGCUAGACGAUAUAAAACACGGAGAUGAAAUUCAACUAGUUCAUGGAUUAACAAGUCGUGCACUCAAUUCGCAUGAUGUUGCAGCUCCCAUGUCACCACAAUCUCAAGAGGUCUCAUGUUACAUUGAUUAUAAUAUAUCAAUGCCGGGGCAACUUUUAUGGCGUGUUGAAAUCUUAAAUAAAGAGGAAGAGGGUGAUGUGUGGCAUGCAAUUAAAUCACAUGUGAGACUUGUUCAUGUUAUGACGCAUACAGCAUUAAGAUUUACCGGACGUCAACUACCCCAAUGGGGAUACAAUCAACAUGAAGUUGCAGCGGAUAAAAAUUUAAAUCAUCCUGAUUCUGUGUUUAAUGUUGAAGAACAUCGAUAUACAAAGUGUAUGUGCAACUUUAUGAAUUCAUUGUUAAACAUUAUUAAUAUCUUUUGAAAAUAUAAUUUUUAGCAUCGGAUCAAAAAGAACGUGAACGUCAAUUGCUGAAAUCUGAAAUGAUUCCCAUGGAGCGAACUCAAUUAUCAUUUUGGCAAAAAUUUCGUGAACUCCAAAUAAAAAUGUUUUGGCAAAGUGAAACUGUACAAAAUCACAUGUAUUCAUCGGAACCACUUGAAUGGCCUCUUAUGUCAAAGGGUAUUGCAUACUGGUAUCAAAAAGACACAAAUGCACAAAUUCAUCUUCUAGGCAACAUUGCUCUUUGGUAUUCAUGCACAAUAUCUCUUUUCGUUUACGCCGCGCUAAUGGUUUUCUACUUACUACGACGUCGUCGACAAAUCAAUGAUUUGAACGAACAGGAAUGGAUAAAAUUUGAAAGCAUCGGAUGUAUAUUCUUUGUUGGUUACGUUAUCAAUUUUGCGCCAUAUUUUUUCGUAGAACGUACACUGUUUUUGCACAACUACUUGCCAGCACUCAUCUACAAAAUCUGCCUGUUGUGUGCUCUCAUUGAACACGUUUAUGACAUUUUGAGAAAAAUGAAUCAGAAUUUCAUGAGUUUUGUGUACAAAGUUGCAGUUCUUGUUUGGCUCGCUUAUGUGUUUCAUGUGUUUCAAACGUUUCUCACCAUCAGCUACGGUCGCACAAAGUUAACAUCGGAGACAAUUUUACAGUUGAGAUGGAAAGACACAUGGGACUUUAUUUUCUCAUAAAAUUGUAUUAAUACUCACAAUUCUAUUACAUUUAGAUAACUUAUUAAAUAAAUAAAUGGGAAGGAACAGAAAUGUAAAAAACAGACAAGAAAAAUAAACUAAUUGAAAACUUGUUAUUAUUUAAA